CUUGUAAAAAAUAUUCAAAAAAAAAUAUCAGGUACCUGUGUAUAAAUGCUAUAUAUACAUCUUGAUCUUGAUAUAUAUAAGAUAAUUACAUUAAUGUGCAAAAAGCAUUCUUUAAUCAGAUCAGUUAAUUUGCAUAAACAAACUGCAAGGGAAAUAACAGCUUUAAAAUUUUAUUUCAAUGAAGGGUUUGAAAUUUAAAAACAUAUUAAAAAUGAGCAAUCAUUGAAUAAUAUUCAUCAUAAAUCAAAAUUUUCACAUAUUAGAAAAAUUGCAAGUGCCAACAUCUGUUUUCCAUGAAAAAUACUUUAAAAUAGUAAAGGGAAAAAAAGAAAAACUGAUAUUCUUUGGUUUUUGAGUGUAUAUUCAGGUGUACUAUCAUACAGAGAGUCAGACUGAAUAUAUUUUCAACAAACAUAAGAUACUUGUCCUGCAAAAUUUAAUUUGUAAUGAAUAGAAUAAACUGGAAUACUAUAAACAGGUAUACACCAUGGAGCAUUUUUCUCAAAAUGAACAAUGCAAUUUGACAUAUUUUAAAAUAAAUUUAAAAUAAAGAUACUCCUCCCCCCACACAUUUUUGGGGACAGUUUAAAAAAAAGUAAGCUUAACCUAUAGAACAAAAUUUUAAAAAGGUUAAAUUGGCAAGGAUUUUUAUUUUCACUUUCAAGGUCUGGGGUGCCAACCAAGUUCCUAGUAUCACUGUGAACUUUUUAACAUAGCUGUUUAUUACUUACCGGUAUAUCUAUGUUUGAAAAAGGCAAAUUGAUCCGAUUCAGAUAUAUGAAGAUAACAGUGUGUUUAAUGUUAAAAUCAUGCAAUCUUAAAGCGUGUGCAGUAAUGAAUUUGACAUCAUUAAAAUGCUCAAUAGAAUUCGAUGUUUUUUGCUUUUCUGUAGGUUAAUUUUAUACAUGAUUAGGUAUUGAAUCAAAUGAAUACAGUGGCGUCGGAAGCAAAUUGAAAGUGGGGGGGGGGGGGGGCUAGACUAAUCAUCAGAAAUCUGACAAGCAAAAAAAAAAACCUAAUUCCCAAAAUCAUGAAAAUUCUAAUCCGUUUGGGAGGGGUAUAACUAUUACUCCAAAAAAGAAUCUUACCUACCAAAAAUUUUUUUUCUCCAGAAUCAUGAAAAAUUCCUAAUCCGUGGGUCCAAUUUUCAAUAUCACUUUUGAUAUUUUAUUUGAUAUUUAAAUUUAUGAGCAAUUAUGCUUGCUGCGAGAAGAAGUGGGGGUGGGGGGGGGGUGGCCCCUCCCUGAUGCUAUAUGCCUAAUGGUUAGGACUAACUUUGCAAACGCCCCCAGCCCCCUAGUGUUCUAGUGUUCUUAAUCUAAAACAUGCAUGUUCUUUUCUACAGCCUACAGAUCUUUUAAAGAAGAUAUUUGAGCAUUUUACCAUGGAAUGCAAGCAGGGGAGGGUGAAGAAUAUCAAAAACCCUUUGAAAAGACUCUCACUCGCAACUGGAAUAUCUGAGAAUACUCUAAAGAGAAAAGUUAUGCAAGACCCAGUUGAUAUGGUGGUGGAGGAUUUGCAAGUCCCUGCUCCAAAGAAGAAACCUGGACCCGAUAGGAAGCUGGAUGACUUCGAUGCAGACCUGGUGAAGAGGACCAUCCAUGACAUGCAGUUGAAGGGCCAGUACGUUUCAUUGCGCCAACUGUCGGAUGUUCUGGUAGAAAAGGGAGUCAGGCUCUUCAAGUCUUCAUUGGGGAGACUCGUGAAGGAUCUUGGGUUCAGGUUCUACAAAGCAGGUUCCAACCAACGCUACAUUGGAGAUCGGAAUGACAUCGUAAGUAUGCGACAUACUUACCUGAGGUCCAUUAGGAAGUUUAGAGAGGAGGGUCGUCCUAUUGUGUAUUUGGAUGAGACUUGGUUGAACACCAAUCAUGUAGCAAGGGGAGAUUGGGUGGACUGUCCUAGGACAUCUACCUCUGCCUUUGAGUCACAUCGUGGAGGUCAUGGGCGUUUUGUCCCAUCUGGGAAAGGCUCUCGUCUGAUAAUUGUGGAUGCAGGUUCUUCGGCUGUGGGCAUGAUCCCGGGAUCUGCUCUCAUUUUCGAGUCGAAAACAGGCAACCAGGAUUAUCAUGAUGAGAUGAACUCGGAAAACUUUACGAAGUGGUUCACUGAGCAGUUGCUCCCUAACCUACCGGCUAAUUCAGUCAUAGUGAUGGAUAAUGCUUCCUAUCACAGUCAUCUGGAUCCUGAGUCUAAGUGUCCGACUUCGUCGACACCGAAGGCCGAGAUCCAGUCUUGGCUUGAUAGAAAGGGUAUCCAUUACGCCCCGGGAAUGAUCAAGGCUGAAUUGAUCACAUUGGUGAAGCAACAUAAGCCUCGUCCUAAAUAUGUUAUAGACGAUUUGGCUUCAAAGGCAGGUCACACAGUUUUGCGUCUACCUCCCUAUCACUGUGAGCUUAAUCCUAUUGAGUUGGUCUGGGCUGAAUUAAAAAGUUUCGUCGCCAGGAGCAAUUCCACAUUUAAGAAAGAUAAAGUGAAGGAACUCUUUAAUCAGGCUAGAUCAACUUAUGGGGUUGAGAAGUGGCGUAAGGUAGAGAGUCAUGUGAUAAGAGAGGUCGAAGAAAAACUGUGGAAACUCGACGGAGUCCAGGAUGAGGAGGUUGCUCCUGUGGUCAUAGACUUGACGGACUCGGAAGACAGUGACAGUGACAUGGACACAGAUUCUGGUGAUGACGAAAAUGACUCUGACUCUGACGAAUCCAUGGGCUUCGUUGAGGAGUCUGACAAUGAAGUCACUUGUUGCAUAUGUGGUGAUUACAAUGCUCCUGGAAAGUCUCGAAAGAUUGUUUGGGUUGAGUGUGAGGUGUGUAAGAGGUGGAGUCACCGCAUAUGUACCAAGCCCUCUCUAAAGUCAGGUAAGUGUGUCCAAUGUUGGAACGCUUUGUAUGGACUGAAUCCAGCUCCUUCAUGA